ACUGUGUAUGUGUAACGUGGUUCAGACGAAUCUGUUCAAUCAUUGACUCGUUGUAGUUUGUAUUGUACACAUCGCGAUGACAUCAUGCAUCAUCAUGUGAUCCGCUGUGUACUUUAGAGAGAGUCUGAGUGUCGUCUUGUGUUAGAAGGUUGUAUAAAGAAGCGGAUCGGCUGCUCAUGCACUGACAGAUUCAACUAAGUAUGUCUACUGUGUAGACCGUUCGUAAUGAGACUCAUUGCCACGCUCCCUAUAUUCCGAAGCUCUCCGAUAAGUGUUUGUGUUACCAAACAGCAGAUAUACUCAAGCGUACAACGACCGCCUCUUAAUACGUUACGAAGUGCUCAAUUGUAUAGGCAAUACCUGACAUAUACAGAAUCGAAAGCGUACAUAGCCUUGCAAUCAAAGCAAUUUAAGGGAUUGAAUCGAAUUAUUUCUGCUACUUGCUCUAGUAGGUCACAUUCAAGUCCCAGACAAAAACUCAGACCAAAAAAAAUGAGUGGGUUUAAAGCGGACGAUAUCGAAGACCUGGGGUUCGACCGUAAAGAGAUGUAUUCGGAGAAUCUCAGUGGCGGUGUCGCACUUUAUCACAGGCACGUGUUUCUAAUUUGGGGAACAGCUGAAAGUUGGCCCUCGAAGGUGGAGCUAAUGGCUGGACCAUCAAGUGAUCUGAGCAGAGCAAUCGGAGUACUCAGUAAAAGGACUGGUCUUAUAACUAAAUUCACCCUGUGCGAAGCGGAUCCGUCGAUAGGUGAUCAAGAAGGGGAUCUUUUGGUGUAUCCCGAGCGGAAACGGUUCAGAGGUGUAGACGCUGAUGAGUUCGUCAAUAACAUAUUGGCCAAUGCAGAGUUUGGAAGUGGCACGGACGUGCACACCAGCGAUAUCUUUGUUUGCGCACACGCUAAACGUGACAUGCGUUGUGGGAAGUGUGGGCCCGAACUAGUGGACGCCAUAAGGACAUGUGCGAGUGACCAUCGCACCCGCACGGCCAUUCAGAACGCUUCUAAAAAUAGCACACAGCCAGACCGCCAUGAUGUGGGUGUGGCGGUGCGCGGCUGCUCACACGUGGGAGGGCAUAAGUAUGCAGGUAAUCUCAUCGUAUAUGGCAGUGACAAAUUGAGUGUGGAGGAACAGAAAGAAGGCGAUUGGUACGGAUACAUAUGCCCCAAAGACGCGUCUACUAUAGUCCAAAGAGCUGUAGGUUUAGAGACGAACGAGCCGCUUGUUAAGUUGUGGAGAGGGCGCCUGGGCAUGGGCAAACAACCGCAUAAGCUGAUGGUGGAGCAGAAGAUAGCCGAGUAUGCGGAGGCGAGAAAUCCAUCGCCCAAGCGUCACUUCAUGAACAUGUUUGGGUUCAACGCUGCCGCACCCGCCGCUGCUGCGCUGGCUGUGGCUGCGUUGGUGGCCGCCAUGCGCUAAGAUGGAACGCAACACGUGCGCAUAUAUAUAUAAACACGUGCGCAU